AUCCUACCGAAAAACACAGAUUUUUUCAGAAUACUGACCGAAAAGUCUUAAAACCAUUUCCUAAAUGAUUUAAUGCAGUGAAAUCCAUAUGAAAUGUGGAAAUUACUAGAGACCAGAACCAGAGGAACAAGAACUGCCACUGCGGCAGGUCCGAAGCGGUCGCGUGGAACCCCGAGAAAAGGGAAUCACCACCGCUCAAAAGGAAAUGUGCAUCUCAAUCCUUCGUUGGCUGAGAAUCCCUAGUACAGUUUUCAGAUCGACAAUUCAGAAAUGCUUCAUUCGUGUGACCGAUAUGGACCUCAUCUGAUGCAUCUUCUUUAAAUAAAAAAUGAUGUAUUUUCUCGCGCAGAUAAGCUAUUCCCCCCCCCUCCUCCGCUUAACACAUCAAAUAUACCGAAAACUUUCGAUACAAAUUGAAACUCCUACCGAAAACUACCGAUAAAAUAUUGACGCUCCUACCGAAAACCGCCAGAAAAAUCUGGCCACACUGUAUACGUGUUGACGGCCGUUUGUUGUUGUUGUUGUUUGGUCGCGUUUGAAACAAAUCGCGCGCUCUCCGAUGGCGGAAAAUCCGACCGGUGGUAAUCCGACACAAAAUACAACGAACAAUGCAGGCUCAUCGAAUCGUCGCGGUGGCUCUUCUCGCGGUGCUCGAGGAGGCUGGCGUGGCAAUUGGAGAGGCAACUAUCGCGGCUACCGGCACCAGGCCUAUGUGCCCAGAGAAAAGCCGGUAGGUUUUGCACUGCCAUCGUCGUCGGCCGAUUGUUCUUCCGGAUCGGGACCACCCACCCAAGUCACCUGCUUUUCGACGAGCUUACGAAACAGCGGCUGUGAAUACGUUGCAUGGAAGAUAUACUUUCCCAAUGAAGAUUAUUCAUCCAGUUCCAAGACGGCCCAUCGUGUGCGCGCCAUGCAGAAGCAUUACAGCGACUUUGCCGACCUGUACGAUCUUCCGCAGGUCAAAGCAACCUGCUGGUUCGAGCUAAAGCUAGAUGCAUGCGACAACGAUCAGCAGCUCCGCACGCAAUGGUCCACGCUGCGACAGGAUCUGACGGACAGCCCGGAGCACACGCUUGCAUGCAUCGGGCUGGCAAUGCACCACACGCUUAUGUGCCAGCAGCCGACCGGCAGUACGCAGAGCGACGCAAAGCUCUGCCUGCAAACGAUUCGGCCCCGCAUCGUCGGUUACGGCCCGGAGGUAUCCAUUUCAUCGAUCAAAGUGAGCAGCAUGGGCAAGCUGGUAUCCGUGCGCGGUACGAUCAUUCGUGCCGGCGCGACCCAAAUCAUGAACACCUGGUGUGCCUUCCGCUGUGCGCAGUGUGGCAGCGAGCAGGCGGUUCAGCAGAAGGAUGGAAUCUACACCACGCCCACCUCGUGCCACAGUGGGUGCAAAGCGCGCAGCCAUUUCGUGCUGCUGCAGCAGUCCGCCUUCACCCGCAUGGAGGCGUACCAGACGCUGCGGCUGCAGGAAACGACCCAGGGCUCGCGGACCGUGGCGGGCAGCGCGGCCAAGAACAUCGAGAUCGAGCUCACGCACGAACUGGUGGACAGUGUGUGCCCGGGGGACGAUGUCACCGUGACCGGCAUACUGAAGGCCCGGUCGCAGGACGGAUCGGACGGCGCGGGAAAGGCCAGCAUGUUCAAAGCGUACCUGCAGGCGGUGUACGUGCGCAGCAACAAGAACGUGCUGGCCAACUGGAACCGGCUGGCGGAGUUUACCGAGCUGGACAUGGAAGCGAUACGGCUGAUCAUGGCGGAACCGUCGCCCUUCCGGCUGCUGGUCCAAUCGCUCUGUCCCACGAUCUAUGGGCAUGAGAUCGUGAAGGCGGGUCUGCUGCUCGGGCUGUUCGGUGGGAUGGCCAACACUGCGCGCACCCGUGCCGAGAUACACGUGCUCGUGGUGGGCGAUCCGGGCAUUGGGAAAAGUCAAAUACUGCAAAGCUGUGCCAAUGUGUCACCGCGCGGGAUUUUCGUGUGCGGCACGAACUCCUCCAACGUGGGCCUCACCGUGACGGUGCGCACGGAGAAGGGUGUCGGGGCGUCGCUCGAGGCGGGUGCGCUGGUGCUGGCCGACCAGGGCGUCUGCUGCAUCGACGAGUUCGACAAGAUGUCCGGCCACAGCGGGCUGCUGGAGGUGAUGGAGCAGCGGUCGGUCAGCGUGGCCAAGGCGGGCGUCAUCUGCACCGUGCCAGCCCGGACGACGGUACUGGCCGCGGCCAACCCGGCCGGUGGCCACUACAACAAGGCGAAAACGGUGUCGGAAAACUUGAAGCUACAUCCGGCCCUGCUUUCGCGGUUCGAUCUGGUGUUCAUUCUGCUCGAUCGGUCGAACGAGCGGACGGACAAUCUGCUUACCGCCCACAUCCAGAAGGUGCACGGUUUGGCCAAGGCCGGCUCGUCCCACCUGCAACCGCAGCCGUCCCAUCCGUUCUUUGACGCGUCGGGCCACUGCUCGUACGAGGAGGAAGGGGAGCCGCCGCUGGAAGAGCGGUUACGGUUAGCGCCGGGCGAACAGAUGGACCUGUUGCCACCGGAAAUCGUUCAAAAGUACAUCGGAUACGCCCGCAAAAACGUGCAACCGAAGCUGACGGCUAAGGCGGCCGAGGAGCUGCGCGAGUUCUUCGUCGAGCUGCGGCGGGCCCACAACCAUAUGGACAUGAUACCGGUCACCACCCGGCAGCUGGAGGGUUUGAUACGGCUAACGCAGGCCCGCGCGAAGAUUGACCUCUCGCCGGAAGCAACGGUGGCCCACGUGCGCGAUGUGUUGGCCAUCCUGCGGCAGAGCAUGCUGGACGUGUUCAGCACGGACGAGGGUGAUCUACAGUUUACCCGCCUGACGAACGGUAGCGGCACCAGCAAAACGUCGAUGGUGCGCAAGUUUGCCCGUGUGCUUGCGUCCCGCUCGGCCGUGACCGGCACGACGCUGUACACGAUGGCCGAGCUGCGGCAAGCGAUGGCGGCCGGUGGCAUUGUGGCCAACUGUAACGAGCUGAUCGACACGAUGAACAUUCAGGGCUUUCUGCUAAAGAAGGGACGCGAUUGUUACAAGUUUAUCAUCGAAUGAGGAGCAACCAGUGCUUUUGUUAAAAUGACGAGUAAACUUUAUUUCUGUACAGAGUACACUCCCCCCCAGUUGCGCUUGGAGAGCAUAGUUGAUUGUUCCUCA